UUGGCUUGGCUCAGUCUCUCACGACGACCUAGAGAGAGAGAGAGAGAGAGAGAUGGGGGGAGCGUGGAUCGCAACGACUAUGGUAGUGGUGGUGUGUUUGGUAGGUGCAUCAUCAUCGGUAGAGCAGCUGAGCACUAGAGAAUGUGAGAAUCUUGGUUUCACUGGGCUUGCUUUGUGCUCUGAUUGCAACAGUUUGGCUGACUAUGUCAAAGACCAAGAAUUGGUAUCAGACUGUAAGAAGUGUUGCACUGAGGAUUCCAAUGAUUCCAUGACAAAGAUUACUUAUUCUGGUGCGAUACUUGAGGUCUGCAUGAGGAAACUGGUAUUUUAUCCAGAAAUUGUUGGCUUCAUUGAAGAAGAGAAGGAUCGGUUUCCAUCAGUUAAAGUUCAAUACGUUUUCAACUCUCCUCCGAAGUUGAUCAUGCUAGAUGAUGCAGGCGAACAUAAGGAAACAGUAAGAAUCGACAACUGGAAGCGGGAACAUGUACUUCAGUUUCUGCAAGGGAAGGUGAAGCCUACAUCAGCAAUCUGAAAAUGCUUGUUAUAAUCUCCUGUCACUACCUGAAGAUUUUGUAUCUUAACUAUUAUGUGACAUCAGAUCUUUUUGGGAAAUAUAAAAUUGUGAUAUCUGGACAAUGGAUUUUCUCUUCUUUUUCUUCUU